UGCACACCACAACAUUGGAUUGAAUUAGCACAUGGUUGAAAAGUAUACAUGGUGUUUUAGAAUAGUGAUAUGUGUUAACUUAUUUAAGUUGUAUAUUACUUCUUGAAAAUGGCCCCAGUAGUAUUUAAACAAGAAGUUCAUCGUCCAGGACCAUUGAAACAAACUAAUAAACCGCAUAAAAGUGGCAAAAGCAAAGGAAGGAGACACGAUAAAGGCAAACUUGAUGUUAAAGCAGUGACCCAUCACAAAAGACAUGAAAUGAAUAGAACUGAAAGAAAAAAUCAGAUGCAACAGCUCCGUAAAACAAAAAGAGAAGAAGUUCUCAGACAGAAAAGGAAGUUAGGUGGCCUUAAAUCUGAACCAGUACUUGUGAUGAUAUUACCUCUUGAUGAUUCUGUAAAUGCUUCUGAGUUUUUAGAGAAAUUACAAUCUUGUGAUGAAGAUUUAGUUGUUACAGAAAGUGCAAUGGGUUAUUCUCAUAUAAGCUGCUUUCGCUUUAAACAAAGGUAUACAUUUAUGAUACCUAACAAGUUUGAUUUACAUUCUAUAAUGGAUGCCUUAAAGGUUUGUGAAAUUUUACUCCUGCUGCAUUCUUCUAAUCCUUUGGAUGAUUAUACAGAUUCAUUACUUUCAGUUAUCAUGGCCCAUGCUUUGCCUACAACCAUUCAUGUUGCUCAGGGUUUGAGCAAAAUGAAUCCUAAAAAGAAAGCAGAAUUUCGGAAGCAAGUGCAAAAAACUCUUGAUUCAAGAUUUCCUGAUAUUAAAAUACAUCAAGCCGAUACGUCUCAAGAACUUCAGUUAUUAUUACGCCAAAUUGGUAGCCAAAAACAGCGCUCCAUUGGAUUUAGAGAUAAUCGGCCUCAUUUGUUAGUUGAAAAUAUGUUAUUUGAACUAAAGGAUCCUGAUUCUAACAAAGGAACUCUCAAAGUAUCUGGGUAUAUUCGUGGUCAGCCACUGAAUGUUAAUGGCCUUGUGCAUCUACCUGGAUGGGGAACCUUUCAAAUGAGUCAGAUUGACUAUAUACAUGACCCUCAUAGCAGUGAAAAAUUCAAUACGGUAUUACAAACAAGUGAGACAGCCAAUCCAAUUGAUCAGGAAUCUCUACAAUCAGAAAUGAUUCCUGACCCAAUGGAAGGGGAGCAAACAUGGCCGACUCAAGAAGAAUUGGAUGAAGCUGAGAAUAAAUCAAAAAGGGAAGUUAAAAAAGUUGCAGAAGGUACCAGUGAAUAUCAAGCUGCCUGGAUUGUUGAAAGUGAGAAUGAAGAAAGUGAUGCUAGUGAUGAAGAUUCUCAGGAGGGCAGUGCAGUGAUAUCGGAUAGUGAAAAUGAAGAGGAAAUAGAAGAUGAAAUGGAAACAGCAGAGUCAACAUCCGAAAUGAAAGAUGAAAACUACGAUAAAAAUAUGGACAUGGAUGAGGAAAGACAAACCUUGGUUCGUUUCAAAGAAGAACGAAUGAAUCAAAUGUUUCCUGAUGAAGAAGAUACACCUUUAGAUAUUGAAGCUCGUAAAAGAUAUCAAAAAUAUCGAGGCCUUAAAAGCUUUCAUAAGGACCCUUGGGAUCCUAUGGAAAAUUUACCUGAAGAAUAUGGCAGAAUAUUUAGAUUUCAAAACUUUAAACAAACAAAGAAGAAUGUUUUAACAUCUGAGAAAGAAGGGGCAGAGCCUGGUGAAUAUGUUACUGUGCAUAUUGCUGAUGUACCACAAUCAUUAUAUGACAAUGCAAGGACAGAAAAAUCAGUGAUGACAGUUUAUGGACUACUGCCUCAUGAACAAAAAAUGUCAGUUGUUAAUACAUUAAUUCGAAAGCAUCCAUCUUGUAAAGUGCCUAUCAAAUCUAAAGAUACUUUGAUAUUUCAUGUUGGAUUUCGAAGAUUCACUUGUAAGCCUAUAUUUUCUGAACAUAAAGCUGGCAAUAAAUUCAAGCUUGAACGGUUCUUGCCAUCAGAUACUGCUGUAGUAGCUUCUUUCUACGCUCCCAUAACUUUUCCACCUGCUUCAGUAGUAGUUUUUAGGCAAAGACCAAAUGGCUCACAUGAGUUAGUAGCUACAGGUUCCGUACUUGAUGUUGAUCCAAACAGAGUUGUUGUGAAGCGCAUUAUACUUAGUGGCCAUCCAUUCAAGAUCUUUAAACGAUCUGUAGUAGUAAGGUUUAUGUUCUUCAAUAGAGAGGACAUCAAUUAUUUCAAAAGUAUUGAACUACGCACAAAAUAUGCAAGACAAGGUCAUAUUCGUGAAGCUUUAGGUUCUCAUGGCCAUAUGAAGUGUGUGUUUGAUAAACAACUUCAAUCUCAAGAUGUUGUACUAAUGCAUCUUUAUAAAAGGGUAUACCCUAAAUGGACUUAUGACAACUAUGUUCCAACUCCAAUACAUACAGUUUCUCCUCCAGAGAUUACAUCUGUUGAAACUGUUAUGGAUACUACAAGCUAAAUAAAUAUUUAUUUGACAA